UUAAAAAAAACGUCAUGCUACGGAAGUGAGCACUUUCCUGAAGCCGUGUAGUUUGGGCCACAUUUGUACUUGGCUGUAGGCAACCGGGACAAAAACAGAAGUGUGUGGUUUUAUUGUGCGUUAUAUGCAGCGCAGAUAAGCGACUUUUCUGACACCCUGCGGUCUCACAAUGGGAGCAAACAACAGUACCCGCCGUGUUUCAUUCGAGUCAGACGAGAACGAGAAUAUAACAGUGGUGAAGGGCAUACGGCUUUCUGAAAAUGUGAUCAAGCGCAUGAAGGAACCCACCACUCCUCCAAAACAGCAGCAACAUACUCCCACUUCAGCAACUUCAAAGGCACCAACCCUCAUUCCGUCUCCUCUACUGCGACCUGUUCCUCCUCUCGCUGACCUCACCACCUCCUUGCCUCCCCCUCCUCCUUUUGUAGAACCUGUAGCUCCUCGAGCUCCAUCUGCUACAGAGUCUGUGGCCACGCCUUCUCCUAAACCUCCCACACAACAGCCCACAGCGGAACCAUUAUCACCUGCUUCAGUCCUUGAGCCAGUGGCUGUGCCUCAGUCAAGUCCAGUUUCGCCACCUGCUGUGCCACCAGCAGUGGAUGAAGAGGCCCUGAGGAAGAAGAUCACUGAUGAGCUGUAUAAAGACUUGGCGCAAAAGAGGAUCAAAACAGAGCAAGACAUGCAAGCAUGGUACGAUGCAGAGAAGGCCCGGGCAUCAGCACAGGCUCAAGCUGAUGUUCAGUCCAAAGUCCAGGAAGAAAUAUCCAGGAUCCUGUCUGUGGAGCGAGCUCUCACCCAAGACAGCCUCCAGCAAGCGAUCAUUAGGGAGAGGAUCAGCAGCGAAGAUGAGAAGCUUCGUGCUCAGCUACUCGCCAAGCAACUGGAGGCCAAGGAAGCAGAUUUGAAGAAACAGGAUGCUUUUUACAGAGAGCAGGUGGCUCGACUAGAAGAAAGGAGUGAGCAGUUCUACAAGGUCACCAAAGAGAACUAUAACAAAGCUGUCGACCAAGUAAAUGCCAAAUUCAAGAGGUACGAGGUGCAUCCAGUCUGUGGAGACCUUCAGGGCCAGAUUCUGAGCUGCUACAAAGACAACGCAGGAAAAACUCUGAAUUGCUCCAACAUAGCAGCUCUUUACCUGCAGUGUGUUAACAAUGCCAAACAGAGUGACAAACAUGUGCAUGCAUCUUCAUGGAACAGUAACAUAACAAGUUGAGGACUGGGGGAUAAGGAUAAAGUAGGAGGAAGGAGGAGCAAUUCUGAGUAUAUUGGGGGAUUAUAAACUAAAGUGGAGAAGAAGAGGUAUGAGUCAGCACCAAGACACGCACCUUCAGAACCCAGUGGAGCACCGAACCAAACUAGAGUCACCGAACACAACACCCCGAGAGAGAAAGAGAGAUGCAGACAAUAGUUUCUACCUCCUUCCCUUUCCUCUUUUUCCCUUUGUCGAUCUCUCCUGUGAGUACGGCAGAGAGGCAGUGAUGCUGUGUGGAUGUUUUGGAAACACAACGUGGGCGAGAGAACAUCAUGGCACAACACAACCGAGCCGGGCCGUCUGUUUUACCGUAAACUGUUCAACACCUCCAGAAAGCCAGCCAUCCCGAUCACGAUCACAACCCGUCUCCUGUCACCUGGACAGUUAGAAAAACAAGUAAUCAUGAUAGUAAAUGUCAGUCCUACUUUGUUCUCCAUAAUUUAUUGUUUUCCUGCUCCUCAUGCACUAUAAUGUACACAAAUAAACAUAUAAGCGUCUGUUGCUACUCUGCAUUUGUUUGUUUGACCUUUGUGGUGAUAUUCAUGUUAGUAUCUGUGUUGAGCUUUCACAAACAGCAACUUGUUUGUUUGGAGGAAAUAAAAGCAAACCUCUACAGUC